AUGGAGCAUUUUGACUAUAAAGGGAUGGAAGUUUAUAUGCUAGUCUACCCAUCAUCAGCCCAGUAAGAAGCAUUGUGUGCCCCAGUAAAGUUCUGGACAUGAAAUUUCAAAUCAAAAACCUGUACCAAAUUCGAGAGUUAUAGCCAAUGUAUUGAACCAAUACCAAAAAGCUUUGAUGAACUUUGUCAGAGUAUUAUGCGCUGCUAUCGAUUAGAGUCUGAAAAAUUCGAGAUUCAUUAUGAAGACGACAAAUUGGGAGAAAUUGCUAUAGAUAGUGACAGUGCAUAUGUGAAUGCAUGAUAUUCUUUUUUCAUUGAAUUAGAUCUGAUACUAAUUAUAUUAUAACCCUAUUUAGACGCCAUAUAGCAUUGAUAUUUCUAAAUCCAAAAAAAAUUAUCCAGCAAGGCAUACCAAUGCACUGGGCAAGGAAUUUACCUUAUUAUGAAUAAAAAAUCUGCUUCUCCAGGCAUUCCGAUGAACAGAGAAUCUAUGCCACCAUCUAUUUCAAUGAACAGAGGACCUAUGCCACAAUGUAUUCCAAAUAAUGGUGGAAUCCCACCUAUAAAUCCCAACAACUUAGCUCAGCCUUAUCAGCAAGCUAGAAAUCCUAAUGUGAUAAGCCCAACAACUUUGCUCCCAAACAUUUCGCCUUAUCAGCCUAUAAAUAAUUUCGGUGAUCCUUCAAGAAGCGUGCAAGUAAAUGGCCCUUAUAAGCCAGCACAAAACCCUCCCCAAUUUGCAAAUCAAAAUAACAUGCCCCAAUUUCCGCCUCAAAAUAACUUUGGUCCUUCUCAAUUUCAACCAGCGAGCCCUGUGCAUCCUACUAAAUUUAUGAAUUCUCCUGAUAUAUCUAUUCCUUUAAAUCAGUCCCAAAAUAACCUUAGAAAUCCUACAAAUAGUACUCCUCCCAUUCAUCCUCCUUCAGUUCAGCCUCCUUCAAUUCAGCCUCAUCUAGUUAAGCCUCCUCAGCUUCAGCCUCCUCAGUUUCAGCAGCCUCCUUUUCAGCAACCACCUUUUCAGCAACCUCCUUUUCAGCAACCUCCUUUUCAGCCACCUCCUAAUUUUGCAAAUAGCCAACAAACCCUGCCUGCUUCGCCACUUAUAAAAAAUCAAGCAGGAAGUCCAGGAGGGCCAUUUCAAGCUAACAAAAAUCAAGGAAUUUCUUUCCCUCAGAAAAUAAAAUAGUGGCAUCGACGGAAAUUUGACUCUGAGAUGCAUUCCUAUGGAGUAGGUAGGGCCCAUCAUAAUGAUGCUGAAAAGACUCUUGUCCUUUUUAAAAUAGGCCUUCAUUUUUGGGAUGACUUUUCAAAGAGGAAAGUUUUAUUUCUCCCCCGAAAGGCUUUUCUGUCUUUCCUAGACAAAUUUGCAAAUCACAUGGUCUUCUCUGAUAAGCAACAUCAGUGCGCUUUGCAGGCGGUGGCUCUGUCCUGAGGAGCUAAUCCCUUGGCUAGGUAGCUCAGUUUGGAAAUCCAAUAUUGCGGCCUUUUGGAGUCAAGAUAGGUGACGGCUAAUGGUUUACUAACUCAUGGGCAGCAUAAAAUUUUAAUUUUUUUUCCCUCAGGGACAUUCUGCGAAUCAAAGUUUAAAUUUGCCUAGCAGAAACUCUUUCGAUCAAACUAUCCCUAAUCCUAGAUUUAUACCUCCGCCACCUAGAUUUCCCAAUUUUUGCCCUUCAAAUGAUACCUCAUUUCAUCCGAGACCUCCUCCAAACUCAGGAUUAUUCUCUCAAAGUGAUUCUCAGCCAAACCAAGGAUUUUCCCCAAAUCAGUUAUCCCAUCCUUCAUCAUUUCAACAUCCAAACGUCAAUAUUCAGCAAACGCUCCCAUCAGGAAGAAAUCACAAUCAAAAUAUUAAUUCUAGUGGGACCCAAAGUUUGCAAAUAAAAGUUAAAUGCAUAUGUGGAGCUGAUAAGGUGUUUCCAAAAAAGAAGUGGAGGUGUGAUCGCUGUGCUUCGCUGAAUGAUUCUUCAGAUAAAAUGUGCCCUAUAUGUCAUUUAAUUAGAGGUGAUAUGGAAUCAAGUUGCCCUAACUGCCACGCCAGCUAUAAAGUAUAA